UCGGCAAGCUUUUCACCUCUUUGCGAUUGCCUUGUUGGAGAAGUGAGUGAGUGGCAUCGACGACAGCUGCCUUGUCGCCGUGUCUUGCAGGAUCAGUCGCAGCUGAGUCGUCUCCGCAACCUCUUCUUUUUUCACCAGACAGCGACUGUUGGAUAAACACUCCCAUAUAAGGACAUUUUCGCGGUUUAUGGUUUUGAAAGAAGAUUUUAAGAUGUCUCGUACAGACGAGGUCCACCGCAUAACGGAGAAUGUAUACAAGACAAUCAUGGAGCAGUUCAACCCCUGCUUGCGAAACUUCGUUGCCAUGGGGAAGAACUACGAGAAGGCCCUCUCCAAUGUGACAUUUGCAGCGAAGGGCUACUUUGAUGCCUUGGUGCGGAUGGGGGAGCUGGCCAGUGAGAGCCAAGGAUCCAAAGAUCUGGGCGAUGUGCUCUUCCAGAUGGCAGAGGUGCACAGACAGAUCCAGGUGCAGCUGGAGGAGAUGCUGAAGUCCUUCCACAAUGAGCUGCUCUCUGAACUGGAGAAGAAAGUGGACCUGGAUGCAAGAUACCUGACAGCGGCGCUGAAGAAGUACCAGAUGGAGCACAAGAGUAAGGGCGAAGGCCUGGAGAAGUGUCAGGCCGAGCUGAAGAAGCUGCGCAGGAAGAGCCAGGGCAGCAAGAACCCUGCCAAGUACGGAGAGAAGGAACUACAGUUUGUGGAGACCAUCAGCAGCAAGCAGAGUGACCUGGACACCUUCAUCGCCGACGGCUACAAGACUGCCCUGUCGGAGGAGAGGAGGAGGUACUGUUUCCUGGUGGACAGGCAGUGUGCCGUGGCCAAGAACAGCAGCGCCUAUCAUGGCAAGGGCAAAGACCUGCUGACCCAGAAGAUCCCGGUGUGGCAACAAUCCUGCUCGGACCCCAACAAGCUCCCGGACCGGGCCAUGCUCCUGUGCCAGCAGAUGAGCUCCGGCUCGGGCACCAUGGUGCCCAGUCCCCUGCACACCUCCAAGGGUAACCUGGUCAUCUCCGACCCCAUCCCGGGUGCCCAGCCCCUGCCCAUGGCCCCGGAGCUGGCGGCCCUCAUGGGCAGUGGUCUAACUGGAGGAAGGCUGAUGGGCCCGGAUGGCAUGUCCAUGGUGAACGGCACGACGGGGGUGCAGGGCGAGGAAUUCUGGGGCGAGGCCGGCGUGACCCAGGGCCGGCCCCCAUCCCCCCAGCCCCAGAGCCAGGCCCAGCCGCCCCCCCAGAGGCAGGUCAGCGACGUCUACUCCAACACCCUGCCCGUCCGCCGGCCCGCCCCUGCCAAGAACAAGACCCCGGGAGUGGGCGAGACGCGGACCCUGCCGCGGUCGAGCUCCAUGGCGGCGGGGCUGGAGAAGAACGGGCGCGCCCGCGUACAGGCCAUCUUCUCGCACGCCGCCGGCGACAACAGCACGCUGCUCAGCUUCACCGAGGGCGACCUCAUCACCCUGCUGGUGCCCGAGGCCCGCGACGGCUGGCACUACGGCGAGAACGAGAAGAACAAGAUGCGAGGCUGGUUCCCCUUCUCGUAUACGCGUGUGCUGCCGGAAAGUGACAAUGAGAAACUGAGAGUCAACUUGCACCAUGGGAAGAGCAGCAGCACUGGUAACCUGCUGGAGAGGGAUGACCUGUUGCCGGCCCCCGAUUACGGCCUGACCGCCCGCCUGCUGGCCCAGAGCCUCACACAGACGCGCCCGCGACCAUACAGCAUGGCCGGCUUCGCAGGAGGACCGGUGCCGCCUGCACCGGAGGAAUAUGAUAGCCGCUUUGCCACAAGUGACCGCUCAUUGGAGGGCUACUUCAGGCAAACCUUCAGCGAUGACCGAGCAGCUCCUCUCUACUACUAGCCAGGGCAGGACCACGUAUCCGCCAACACCCUGCCCUGGCUUGCCCUCCCACCACACUUCUCCUUCCUCUUUCUUCCUUUCAUGCUCUCUCUCUCCCUAUCUUCCUUUAUUUCUCUCUCUCUCUCUCUCUCUCUCUCUCUCUCUCUCUGCUCUCCCCCUCUCUCUCUGCCUCUCUCUGCUCUCCCCCUCUCUCUCUGCUCUCAUUUAUUUCAUGCACUACUAUCCCAAUACCUGUUCUCUCGUCUUUUUCUGUCUUUUGCCUCUUGUACUCUGUCUCCUCGCUCGGAUGUCUACCCACUCCUGUCUCUGGUCUGUGAUCGAUUGAGAGGGUCUGCUGAUGUCUUCUUCCUCAUCACUAAGGACAAGGAACAACGAACUUCUGGCCCACACACUGCUACUGCUGAUGUUUCAGGUCUGACCGUGGUCCCAUCAUAUAGUUUUAUAGAACUCGUGCAUCAUAUUGGAUGGAAAUCAACUCAGUGUGGGCCUUUUAAGUGUACAGUUUUUAUGUAUAAAGUGAUUUUCUUUUUUGAGUGAGAGAGAGAGUGAGAGCAUUAUAGAUUUGACAUCACCUACUCUGAUGUGAAUUAUGAGGAUGAGGAUGAAUCUCAAAAUAUUAUUUUCCCCACAGAUGGUCUCCCUAGAGAUUGAAACAACUUUUAACCUAUUUAAUCAGGAGUUGUAAUGACUCCAAACGUGUCAUUUCUACUGUACAUAUGCUUUGUUUUCUAUUCAGACACUCACACAGUAUGCAGGGGCAAGGAUUACUGGUAGCCAUUGAGAUAGCCUAUUGCUCGCCACUUGUACUUAUCCUUAAAGCUGACGUGUUCAAUGUUUCGAUUACAGCAUUAGGUUUACUUUCUCCCCAUCCAGAGCUCUCUCAAUUCUCUAUAGUUAUCAUGGUGACUGUGCUCAAUUCACAUGUAUACAAAUGUUAGAGAGCCUAUUCAUUUUUUUUUCAUAAAAAAAAAAAGAAAAACUAUGAAAAAAAUGCAGGAACUGUAUGCACUCACACUCUAAAGUGCUAAGAUCAGUAUUGACUACAAUGCUUCUCCUGUGUAGAAAGCUGUUAACUAUAGUAAUAUCCUCUGGUCUGUUCCACAAAUAAGAUCAACCCGUAGAUCAGUGCUUGUAAAACAUUAGUUUCCUCUUUUUUUCCGACAAUGUUUCAACGCUUGUACCAUUGGAUUCUGUUGUCACGCCUUUGCAAUGACCUGGACCUGGACUUGACCUUGUGCAUAGUUUAGACAUGUAUGUAAAUCCGGAGCACGAACAUCUUAGGAUCAGUGCCUUCCUCUACAGUUACUGUGCUCUGGACGACUCUGUUGAUCUCCAAACACAACACAGAAAUCCUUUAAAUGUACACAACACUAGCUUAAGCAAAGGGAAAAAAGUAGCUCCUGAACACAUCACAUUUGUUUCACCAUUUUAGACUCUCUUUUGUCUUUUUUUCUAUUUUUUUUUUCAUUUCCAUUUUCAUGUUGUUCUUGUAAUAUACACUGUUCAGUCUUGAACUUCAGUGUGGAAGUUCCUUUUUUCCCCACUUGAUGGGUUUUUAGCUGUUUUUCCGAAAAGUUACUUUAAAAGGGGUUGAAUGUGUUUGUAGAUGUGCACACCUAUAAUAACGAAUCCACUCUCUACGGUCAAGCUGUUUUCUGACUGACCAGCCCAGUGUUGAGGGCGCCUCCCAUACUAGUAACACUGAUAGCAAAUAGAAACAGCCACCAUUAGAAACUGUGGGAAAUGGUUUUGCAAGUGUUCAAAGUUUUUUUAAACUUUUGUUGGUUUGCAUAGAAAAGCUAUAUUUUAAUUGGGGCCCACUGAGAACCAUCAUCUGUCGUCCGAUUUUCACAGAUGGGUGCAGAACCAGCACCAACAUGGUUCUUUGACUAUCUGAAAAUACCUUGAGAGAGAUUAACCACUAUGCAGAGAGCAGAUUGCUAAAACAUGUGAAUACGUGUGUGUGUGUGUGUGUGUGUGUGUGUGUGUGUGUGUGUGUGUGUGUGUGUGUGUGUGUGUGUGUGUGUGUGUGUGUGUGUGUGUGUGUGUGUGUGUGUGUGUGUGUGUGUGUGUGUGUGUGUGUGUGUGUGUGUGUAGAGAGAGAGAGCAAAAGAGAGAGAGAGAUUACAUAAAUUUCAGUUAACUAAAGAAAGAUUGAUGAAUGUCCUACAGACACCUAAUAUUAUAGUGAAUUAUAUUUGUGAUUUUGAGUGGAAUCCAUUUUUAUUAUUUGUAUUAUUUUUUACAUGUUUCUUUUAUUUUUCAUCCUUGUUAAUUCGUCUGUCUUAAUGAACGAUGUUUGAAAAGUGUGGAGAAUCUAUAAUCUUCAAAUAAUUUUAAUUUAAAAAUCUGUUUCCCAGAGCUAUGCUCCAUUGAAUCAAUAACAUGAAUUAUUUUGUCUGGAAAGUAAACCUGUGGAAUUCAUUAUCUGUCAAAAUCAAAUAAAGAAAACCGCAGAAGCACAA